GUUUCUACAAGAGUCUCAGAAGGAAAGUCACUACAAAAUAUAAAAUACCCUUCCCAAUUUACAAAUUUUUUAGCAAUAUUACCAAGUACUAGUCCACAAGAUAUCAUUUGUUUCAAGAAAAUCUUGCAGGAAGAUUUAUCAUUAAAUGAUCCCAGAAUAUGUCAUGAAAAUAUGUGCAAAUUUAAACAAUUUCUUGAUGGUAUUAAAUAUAGUGGUCCUAUUGCUGCAUCUACAGACAAUACAAAACUAUCAAUGAAACAGAGCUAG